GGUCACGUGGACCCUGUAGCUCACGAGGUCGCUGAGGAUUGGACGGCGAUUGUCCCCUCUCGGGCUCUGUCCUGAGGCGGCGCCUGCCCUUGUCAACCGAAGCCUGAGCGAUCAUGGCAACGGGUUCGGACAGGGAGCGCUUGGCAGCGGCGGCAGUUCGCCCGCAGGCCGGGGCGCCGGAGCGGCGGCGGCGGCGGCGGCACUGGCGCCGGCAGAGGCCCUGAGCGCCAUGCAGCGGGGCAGCUCCGAGAGGGAGCUAGCAGCCCGGUGGGAGGAGGAGGCGGUGGCCUCGGACAAGGCGCCGGCGGAGCAGGUCCUCUUGGACGCGGGCGCUGCCGGGGAGCCGGAGCGCAAGACGGCGGAGGAACGGUGCAAGGACCCGGCCCGGGCGCAGCCCCGCGCGGCCGAGGAGGGGGACACCCGUGUGGCCCCGCGGCCGCCGCCCACGCUGCGGCCCAAGACGAAGCCGGCGCCGGCGCGGGGGCUCUGCCCGCACGGGAACCCCAGGAGCAAGGGCUCAAGCUGCAAGCGUUGCUCGGGCCGCAGGGCCGACCAGUCCUGCACACUGAGGCCCGUCACUGUGGACAGCUCCAAGGCCAGGACCUCCCUGGAUGCCCUGAAGAUAAGCAUCCGCCAGCUCAAGUGGAAGGAGUUCCCAUUUGGCCGACGCUCGCCUUGUGACAUCUACUGGCACGGAGUUUCAUUUCAUGACAACGAUAUACUGUCCGGUCAAGUGAACAAGUUUCCAGGCAUGACGGAGAUGGUGCGUAAAAUUACUCUGAGCAGAGCGGUGAGAAUCAUGCAGAAUCUCUUUCCUGAGGAGUACAACUUCUACCCUUGCUCAUGGAUUCUGCCUGACGAGUUCCAGCUCUUUGUUGCUCAGGGUCGAAUGGUGAAAGAUGGUGACCCCUCCUGGAAGCCCACUUUCAUUGUGAAACCUGAUGGUGGCUGUCAGGGUGAUGGAAUCUACCUCAUUAAAGACCCCAGUGACAUCCGCCUGGCAGGGAUCCUGCAGAGCAGGCCAGCGGUGGUCCAGGAGUACAUCUGCAAACCUCUGCUUAUCGACAAGCUCAAGUUUGAUAUUCGUCUGUAUGUCCUACUAAAGUCCUUAGACCCUUUAGAGAUUUACAUAGCCAAAGAUGGACUCUCGAGAUUUUGUACAGAGCCCUAUCAGGAGCCUAACCCCAAAAACCUGCACCACGUCUUUAUGCACUUGACCAACUAUUCUCUGAACAUCCACAGCAGCAACUUUGUCCACUCGGACAGCACGAGCACGGGCAGCAAGAGGACUUUCUCCAGCAUCCUCUGCAGGUUGUCUUCCAAAGGGGUUGACAUCAAGAAGGUCUGGUCUGAUAUCAUCUCCUUGGUGAUUAAGACAGUCAUUGCCCUGACGCCAGAGCUCAAAGUUUUCUACCAGUCGGACAUCCCAGUAGGGAGGCCGGGGCCUACAUGCUUCCAGAUUUUAGGCUUCGACAUUCUUCUAAUGAAAAAUCUGAAGCCUAUGCUUCUUGAAGUAAAUGCAAAUCCCAGCAUGAGAAUCGAGCAUGAGCAAGAACUUUCUCCAGGGGUGUUUGAAAAUGUCCCCAGCCUUGUUGAUGAAGAAGUGAAAGUGGCUGUGAUCAGAGACACACUGCGCCUCAUGGACCCACUUAAGAAGAAAAGAGAGAACCAGUCUCAGCAGCCCAAGAAGCCAGUAGCCACGAAUGAAGAGCCUCCUAACAGUGAGCUGGCCAGCCCCUCGGAAGGCAGUGUCGACCCAGAGGCGCACCUGCCCUCCAUCUGCCUCAAGCAGGUGUUCCCCAAGUACGCAAAGCAGUUCAACUACCUGCGCCUGGUGGACAGGUUGGCGAACCUGUUUAUCCGGUUCCUGGGGGUCAAGGGCACAAUGAAGUUGGGACCAACAGGCUUUCGCACCUUCAUAAGGAACUGCAAGCUCAGCAGCAGCAGCUUGUCCAUGGCCUCCGUGGACAUCCUCUACAUUGACAUCACAAGGAGAUGGAACUCCGUGACCCUGGACCAGCGGGAUUCAGGGAUGUGCCUGCAGGCCUUCAUAGAGGCUUGCUUUUACCUGGCUCAGAGGAAGUUCAAGAUGCUGCCACUGCACGAGCAGGUGGCCUCACUGAUCGACCUGUGUGAACACCACCUGUCCGUGCUGGAUGAAAGGCGUCUGAUGUGUGGGCGGAGUGGCAUGUCGGGGGGCCGGGCCCCUUACAGUGGCCCUCCCCAGGAGGCCACGCCCUCUGCCCCGCUGGCAGAGGGCAACCCUCCCCCCUGCGCAAACAGUGCCCACAAGCUGCCCCAUUCCAGACACACCCUGUCCUGAGAGCCACUCUGUUCUCCUGGCUGAAAAGCGAGCCCCUCGGGCCUGAGGAGAGCCCCCUGGGCUCCCUGCCUGUGGAGGAGGGGCAGGCUGCGGAGAAUUCCCGCCAGAGAUUCCUGCUCAUCGACUCCAUGUUCUGCUGACCUGAGCUUCAAAAGGCUGAUUCUUGCCCAUCUUCCUCCCAGUACCUCUUGGUGGUCCACCUGUUUGCAAGUCAGCGGAGGACAUAUGACAUCCAAAACCUGACAGAUGGCAUCUCUGUUCUGGGCUCACAGGAAGCAACAAGUGGGGCAAAACUGUUGCGUUUGGGGCAGGGGAGACCAGCAAUCCUGGGCCUGCGAGCUGCAGAGCGCGAAGCACAGACUGAAGCCGAGUUGAUCUGGCAGGGCCGCUGAGAACGCUGUCUAGGGCCAAGCACAUUGUGCACAUUCCCUACCGCCUGUUCUGUGCACGUCAAGUGGAAAUAGCAAGUGGGCAUGCUUGACUCCCCCAUCCCAGUCAUGUGCUGCAUGGGUGUAGUUAACAGAUGAGCCUCAUUUAUUUCAUUAGCUUGCCUGGUGCCACAAUGUUUGGUUUGUUACUAAUUAAGAAAUAAUUAACUAAGAAGGAAAUAAGUAAGACUACCAGAGUCUCAGAGCUAGCAGGAGCCUCGAAGGUCACUUUGAUUUUGUUUGACCUGGACCCCAAACCAGGAGUCCUCUGGUCUUGUGGUCUGUGCUUGGAGCCCUCGUGGUGGGGUGCUCACCCCAUGGCCAGCAGGUUCACAACAGGCUCUGCCAGAGGGCCCCCAUGGGCCCAGCAUGGGCUGGGUGCCCUGGGUGGGAGGAGGGCUUCCCAGGGCAGGGGAGUCAGACCCAGGUGAAGAUCAGGGCGAGCAGGCAUGAUGUCAGAAGUGCAGGUGUGAGACGUGGCGUGGGGAGAAGGGGACCCCGCACUCUCCCUUCCCAAGACCCUUCCCUGUCUCACCCAUCUGUGUCCCCAAGCAGCCCCCCUCUGAAAGGGGAUGCCUCAGAAGCCACCAAAGGUGGCAUUUUGGAAAACCAAGCCCUGCAGAGCCCACUCCGGGCUGUUUGGUGGCAGAAGAUGUUGUAAUGACUUUAUUUUCCCAAGUAAAAGGCCGGACAGGUGGCCUAAGGUGGGAGGGGCAGGGGAAACUGAUGUGCAUUGAGUGCCUCCUACACCAGGGACACCUUAGAGGUGUCAUCAGCUUGAUUCCCCAGUCUCCUCGGGCUGUUUGGUAACACUGUCCCCAGUUUCAGGUGCGGGAAGAGAAGCCCGGGAGGGCACGUGGUCCCGGGCUGUCAGCUGAUCCAGAGCCCCAUCUCUUCUGGCCCCUGAGUGAGUGUGACUCCGGCUCCUGGUAGGGCCUCCCUGCCCCAGGGCAGCCUGGGGUCCCCAGGGCUCUGCUCACUCCGGCACAGUCCGGUGGCCUGGGCCAGGGUGGUCAGUGUUCCUAAGCGGUCUGCUGUGGGAAGGACUUGAAGACCCCAUGCCCACUGUCUAGUCCUUGCUGUUACCAAGCAAAGGGAUCUCGCAGGAAAGACAAGCGAGUAUCUUAGCAAGCUCCUUAGCAGCUCGGAGCAACGGAGUCUUUUAAAUAAAGCCCUAACCUUGCUUUCAGAAAGCAUUCACUUGCCAGAAUGAAGUAAUUUUCAGGUCCAAGACAACCAAGCACGUUAAAGUUUUUUAGGAAAAAAAAUAUCUGUAGGUUGAAUUCCAGACCCCUUGUUUGGGGUGGUAUGAAAACGUAAGCUCUCGGGGUGAGGGGCACACUCUCCCAGCCGCUCGCAGUCCAUCUGGAGGCACGUCCCUCUGCUGGCACUCCAGGGUCCCUGUCUAGAAGGAGGCCCCUGAGGCAGCCCUGCACCCCACCAUACCCCAUACCCUGCCCCCCAUGGUGUCAGGGAAACGAGGCUGCCUUUCUACAGGAGCCCCCUUUUCCUCAAUGCUCCCUUAUCAGAGUUAGAGAUGGGGGAGACUUCCACCACCUCCUUGGUGCUUAAUGAGAAGUCCCACUGUGUUUACCCCCUUUGGUAAUUGGCUGCUCAUUUUGCAACAUGUAAUUGAAGUGAUAGCAAAGCAGGAUUUCCUCUUUCCUGGAAGACAGGAAUGGAUCCAGAGCCAGGAGCCUGGGCACAGAGAUGCCCUGUGUGUUGCGGGGUUCCCCAUGCUUUGCCUAUGGGAUCAGCCAUUGCUGGAAGGGUGCUCGGGGUCCAUCCCUGCCUCUCCUCCCCCUCUCCCUCCUCCCCCUCCUGUUGAUCCUGUCCAGUCCAGCCACCCCACCCCUGUCCCUGCAUCCCUGGUGCUCCAGAGCAGGCUGGCUGACCAGUGGGAGGAUCGGGCUCAGCCUGUCUGUACGGGGAGCAUUGCUGGGCCGUUGGCUCCACCCCACCCUUUCCGCGGGGCCUGCCACCCCUUUUGGUGCCCUGGACAGCUUCCUUCCCCUCCCACCCUGGUCUCUUGCCUGCUCCCUCCUUCCAGCCUCCCAGUGAAUGUGCUGGGCUCCUCCGCUCUUAUUGCCAGAUGGGCCCUGAACUAGGUGCUUGUCCAGGCGCACGGGGUUCAAGGCCAGUGUCCUUUGCAAGUGCCACUCCUAGCAGGCUCCUCCCCACGUGCAGAGGCAGGGCCUCCUGGAGACAGGACCCUCCAUGCCCCAAGCAAGCGCCCUCUUGUUUCUCGGCUGGGACUCUGUCCACCGUUCCCCGCUCCAACCCCAUCAUCUCUCGCCUGCACUUCAUCAGCCUCCUGCCUCACCACCCCUCAGCCCAUCCUGCACCCCUGUUGCUGGAAGGAGCCCGGAAAGCCAGAGAGCUGAUCACAUGGCCCCUAUGUCCAUCAGCCCUCAUCUCCUCCCAGGUAAAGCCCAAACACCUUCACCCGACACUCAUGGCCCCUCAUGACCCAGCCCCUUCCUUCCUUCCACCCUAAGUCCACACCUGGUGCCCCCACCUCGAGGGGCGGCCUGGCCCUCCCGUGAUGCUGUGUUUCCAUGGUUCCUCGAGUCUGUUGUCACCCAUCAGGAAAAGACUGUGCUGGUCCCCGCUCUGGCACCUGCUGUCCUGUCUGCCUGGAUGGCCUCCUCCCUCCAUCUGUGGGAACUUGCUCAGCUUUCAGGCUCCAGCUCAGGUGUCCCCACUGCAGUCCCCCAGACAGACGGAGCCAUCCCCCCACUCCCUCCGUGUAUCUGUAAGAACCUGGAAGUUCCUUCACCAGCAUGCUUGCCCUGCUGCUUCUCGGCCUUCACUCCCUCCAAACUGUGAGCUCCUUCAGGGUCAGGCAGGUGCUGGGUUCAUGCCACCAGCAAGCACAGAGCAGGGCCCAGCAGGUGCUGUUUGAAAGAAUACGCAAGUUAGCAGGUCCCAUUGGCCCAGGAUGCCCUUGAGAAGCAUAGGUUUCUAAACUUUGCCAAGGUGAGUCUCUGAGCACCUCCAUAUCCCAGCUGGUUCGUUUGCUGUCCCAUGAUCCCAAGCAGGGAAUGGCUCCUCUGGCCCUGGGCAGUCUCUCCGUGUACCUUUGUCCCGGCUCGAGUCUGGGCGGCGCCCCCUGUAGGCGCCCAUCCGGGCCAGCCUUGGAGACCUUGGCCCUCCAGGCUGCGGCCUCACUGCGGCUCCUCCCCUCAGGCGGAGUCCCGCCUGUCUCUGCAGUUCUGUGGCCGCCCGCAUUUGUGUGGGGUUGCUUAGGUUAGAGGAGAUAAUCCCAAAGGGAAUGCACCAGUUCGGGUGGCAGGACCAGCUGGGGAGGAGACCAGACAUUGGGAAUGGUGUUCCAUUUCUAGAACCAAGUCCCUUUGCCAUGUGAAUUUAACAACAUCUGUUCAAGGUCUCAGUUUACAAAAUGCUUUUCAAACAGCCCUCCCCUCUGACCCUCCCAGGAGCCCAGCGAAGGAUGAGGGUUUGCACCACUCUCUUUACAGAUGGGGACCUGGCGUCCAGGAGGCCAGGCAGCUUGCCCAGGGCCUUGUGGCCAGAGAUGGGCAGAGUCAGGACUCCCAGUGAGGCAUCUAUGUUCUUCUCUUGGCACUGCAACCAUGCUACAUGGCACCUCUGCUCCCAGCAACCCCGUGGGGGCAGGGCCCAGUGCACGGAUGUGGAAACCCACGUCCCAGAGAGGCUGGCUGAUUGCUCAGCUAGUACCUGGGAGCUCUGGGGGCCCAGUCUGGGCUUGUCCAACCUACUUUUCUCAUGCAGAGCACCCAGGAGAGCUCUGCAAGCUACCAACACCUACGGGCUCUGGGUCCCUCAGCCAUGCAAAGGGGGUGACUGACAGUCUUCUCACUGGAUCCCUGGGAACACAGAUUGAGAAAUGGGAAGCAGGAUAUACAUGGAAGUGUUUUGUAAACCAAAAUGCUGCUCAAAUACCGCAUUAUCUUCAGACUGGCUUCUGGUCUCCUACAAAGUGUAAAGGGAUGAAGGAAAAAGGUUCCUUGAAUGUUGUAAUCCAUCAAGACAAAUAAAGCCGCAAGACUCAGCCCCUCUCCCACCCUCCCUUCCCCUCAUCCUCACCUGCCUGAAGUCGUUCAGAGGCUGAAAAAUGGCCUCUGCUCUUCCUCCAACACCUGGAAUUUGCCUUGUGAUUGGGAGAGUAUUACACCAAAAUAGCUCAAUUUUUUUUCCAUUUCUUGAUUAAUGUCCUAAACUCCUUGGCCCUAAAAUUGAGAAUUGGGCUUGAAAUGGUUGGCAUUAGGCACCAUCCCCUGAAGCUCGGAAGUGAUGAAAUCACCUGUCAGGGAGAUGAUAUUCCCAGUAGCUGAGAGAUCAGUCGUCUUCUCUCACCACAGCGUGUAUCACCUUAAAAUCCACCUCGCCCUGAUUGAUACUUCUGCCAAUCUCCUAUUCGGUGUGAUGAAGGUAAGAGGAAUUUUCCCAUAUGGCAUAUGAAUUUCUCACACACAAAAUAAGUCCAAAUUUUUUUCUGUUCCCAGGGACAAAGGAGCUUUGCAGAACAGUCAACAUAUUCAAUUACCUCCAUCUCUAGUGACCAAAGUCCUGAAUUUUCUAUAACUAGAAAAGCCAUACCACCUAAUGCUUACACACACACACACACACACACACAUAGCACCAUUGAGCGUUGGUAUAAUAUGGCAAAAUUACUGAUGUUUUUCUCAUUACUGGUGAUUUGCUCCUGAGUCUUAUUUAGAAAACGGAGAAAAGGUCCCUUUGCAGCCCUGGGGUAAUGCACUCACCAAGAGGCUCAUGGGAAACAUUUCCUCCCGCAUGAAGGCCUUUGCUCGGAUUCAGACCAGGACUCUAGUCUGGGGCCACGGGGCCACUGCCUACUCCUCACCACAGCCCCCCCAGGCCCCUCACAGGCUGCAGGAGCAAGGCAGGCAGGGAGCUGGAGGUGGAAGCGCUGGUAUUGUGCCCUCACAGCCUCCUCCAUCAGAGCAGGAAAAGAAGGGCUGAGCAUCCCAGAGGAGGCCCUGAGCGGCUGCAGAAAGAUCCAGGCUUGCUUCCUCCUGUCUGUCGCUCUCUCACUACGUGACCAUGGACCAUCACCUCUCUGCCCUCUUCCUGGCCCGUACAGGGUCAUAAAGAAAGUAAAGGGCCUGUCAUGAGUCUCAGCACCCAGGAAGUGUCUUAAUAAAUGUCUGUUAUGGAAAGGUCCAGUCUCAAGUGCUGGAACAAGACAGAUGCCAGAAAGCAUGUCUGUCCACCUCGGCGUUCCUGACGCAGGAGGUCCCUCGUGCUCUAGCCCUCUUCCCUCUGUGCAGGGCUCUGCUGCUAGGCUGCAGCUCCUGCCUCUUAAAAGCCUUUAAAAUUCUUUAUUAAAUUUUCAUGGCGCAUAAAGUCAAGGUUCUGUCACUUGGCCUCAGUUGUCUUGGUAACUUCGUAAAAUGCAAUAAUAAAAUGAAGCUGGGUGUUGCUAAACACAGGCUCAUUGUAUAAAC